AUGAACACCCGAAGCAGGAAACAAAAGGCCACCGAGACCGCCGUGGUCGAGGACAAGCCAGCCCCAGCUCCAGCUCCGGCGACGACGAGCAAUGGAGUCUCACAAAAGAAGGCAGACGACAAGAGCACAACCCCCGAACGUCAUGAGAACAUAUUCUUGUUCUGGCCAAAUCUGGUUGGCUACGUACGAGUUGUUCUGGCAGUGGCAUCUUUAUACUACAUGCCCCUCCACCCCCGCACAUGCUCGUUUCUCUACAGUAUCUCGUGUCUGCUCGAUGCGUUGGAUGGAUACCUGGCACGACUCUUCCACCAGUCCACUACCUUUGGCGGCGUGCUCGACAUGGUCACGGAUCGAUGCACAACCGCGUGUCUUUUGGUCUUUUUGAGCUCGGCCUGGCCGCGGUGGUCUAUUCUCUUCCAGGGCUUGAUUAGUCUGGAUCUGGCCAGCCACUACAUGCACAUGUACGCUACGUUGAGCAUGGGUGGCUCGUCGCAGAGCCACAAGAAGGUCGACUCGAGCCGCAGCUGGGUCUUGCACAAGUAUUACACAAGCAGGACCGUGCUGUUCGUGUUCUGUGCUCUGAACGAGCUCUUCUUCAUCGGCCUGUACCUGCUGUCCUUCUCGUCGCCCAUCCUGUCGCCCUCUUUGCUGCAGCCUGUCCCCAAUACGCAGCCCCUGUCACCACAGCCCGGAAACCCGGCACACCAAGCCCCGUCGACGUUGUUUGCGAGCCCCUGGAGUGCCGGCGCCCUGGAAAUGGCUCGCGCGAACAAGCUGGACAGUACCAUACCGUGGAUUAUCACUGCGGUAUCGGCGCCCGUCAUGGCUGCCAAGCAGUUUAUCAAUGUCGUGCAGCUGAUCAAGGCAAGCAACUGGCUGGCCGAGGGCGACCUUGCCAAACGCCGAGCUGACCGAGCUGCCGGAACAUUGGCUUGA